AUCAACAUGGCGGCGGCGUUGACGACGAAGCGAAAGAGAUAUAGUAAGAAAUCAAAACAAAGCUGGAGAAAGAACACUAAUAUUAGAGAUGUUGAGGAGCAUCUUGAAGAGGCAAGACGCGAGGAAAGAACCGGUGGUCCAGUUUCUGAAAAACCAGAUGAAAGCUUGUACUUUCUAGACCACAGAACUGAAGAGAGAAAAGUUACUGAAGGUAAACCUAAAGAAAAUUCAAGAAAACGAAAACUCCUGAAGGCUGAUCAGCUAUUACCAGAAAGCAAAAUUAAACCAAUUGGAAGCAAGAAAAGAAAAGUUCACCUAAAAAGCAAGCAAAGGGAAGAUUUCAGUAACUCAUCAUCUGAUUCUGAGAUUGAAGAGGAGAGAGGCAAACUUGUCAAAGCUCAGAUAAAUAAAAAAAAGCCCAAAACAGCUGCAGUGUUUGAUUUAUGGGAAGCACAAGAUAUUCCGACAGGCGAUGAACAUUUUCUCUCAACUACUAAGAGAAUCAAUGUUAAGAAACCAAAGACAAUCAGCAGGAAGACUUCUCAGUUAGUAGCUGUUGAAGUUUGUUCACCUGGUGCAUCAUACAAUCCAACAUAUGAAGAUCAUCAGUCUUUGCUUCAAAUGGCUCAUAAUGUGGAGUUAAGAAAAGUGAAAGAAACAGAAAAACUGAAAAGACAAGUGAAGCUCUUGACUGCAGAGGAGGCAGCUAAUUUGCCAACAUGGAAUGAAGAGAUGAGUCAAGGAUUAUUUGCUGAAAAUGAUGCAGAGGAUGAUGAGAAUGAAAAUGAUCAUGAAAGUGCCCUUGCGGCUCCUGUGAGAGCUUUCAACAGAAAAACAAAACAGCAAAGGACGAAAGAAAAACAGAAACAGGAGGAAGUAAAGAGACUUGAGACAGAAAGAAAAGAAAAGAGGCAACAAAACGAGAUUUUUAGAUUAAAAGCUCUGAAGAAAGAAAUGAAAAUAGCUGAUGAGGAAGCUGAAAAAAGGAGAAGGAAGAAAAAAGAAACAGAGAGAAGUUCUUCAAUUAAACCUAAAAGACUUAGCAAGCACAAAUAUGAAUCACCAGAUUGUGAGGUUCAGCUGAGUACAGAGCUGACUGGAAGUCUCCGCACCUUAAAGCAAGAAGGAAACUUAUUUGAAGACAGAUUUAAGAGCCUCCAGCGAAGAAAUAUCAUUGAAACAAGACUUCCUGUCAAACCCUACAGAAAAUACAAGCAAAAAACAUAUACAAGAAAAUCACGUGAUAGGCCUUGUAUAAAGGAAAUAUAGAUUGAUCCAAAAGGUGCGUAACCAAAAGCGACUGUUCAUCGGGCAGACUGAUUCUCAAGCGACAGGAAAGGUAUACUGACGUAAAUGGGUGGAUCAUUUGUAUUUGUCAUGGUGGCUACAUCAGAUUAAGAAGGAAAAAAAAAGCAAACAGCUGUCUGUUCGGAAAUGUAUAGUGUGGGUCAAUCGGUUGCGCUUACUGAAGUCUGCCAGAAUUAACAGCUUGCCAGUGACACAACAUGAGGGAAAAAACGUGUCAUUCAAUUCCAGUUUCAUAGGGAAAAGUUCUGUUCUCUGUACAAUCUGGCAAAAACUCAAUAAAGCUCCAAAUUGUAUCAACUUACCUCGCUUGAACGCGGUAUGAUCUUUUUGUCGGCAUGAUUGACUGAUUAUAACACUUCAUGCUGACAAAAGCGAUGCCGGCCUGAAGAAUCUGGCGGAAGAUUAAAAAACAGAUCGAAAGAAGGAAUGGUUAGAUUACUAGUAUACUUGUAAUGCUCGCAUAGGUAAUGUAAGUGGCUUUAGAAGAGCAAGAUCUUAAUCUUUUUUUUUUCUUAUCUUAAUAUAAAUACCACAAGUGGAACGAGUUUAUCUGACCUUAGGUCAAACUUAAUAAUGUGUUUUAUGUCAAUCAACAAGAAUAUCAACAAACUAUCCAUCUUACUUGGGGGGACAAUUCACAUUAAUUAAGAAAUUUGUGCUCGGUAAGGGUUUCUUUUAGCCGAUUUUAUAAAGGUAUUAGCCGUUGCUAAGGUAGUUUUAUAAAAAAUGAUAAAACUGACUUUGUUUUCGAACUAAAACAGACUUGUUUAGGUCACUAAUGCAUGGUUGGACAGGCUUGUCAAACCUACAGGCAAUUUACUGCCCGGCAAAUAAAUUCUUAAAAACUUUGCAGCAAGGGGACCUUCUUUGGCUUUUUUUCUCAUAAUGAGAUUGGGCUUUUAUUGGAGAUAACAAGUAGGUCAAUGAUUUAACGCGAACGUAAAAGCAGAGAAAGUAAUUUUUUUUUUAAUGACGAAAUAGAAAAAACUCAACAGACGAGUUUCAAUAAUCAUGUGAUUAGAGAGAGUAAGAACGGACUUUUGGUCGCGAAUAUCUAAUCUUUCCUAUUAGUAUUGUUGUUACUGUCGAUUGUAGUUUGUCGCAGUCAGUCAUUACUCAGACACAGUCAAAUUUUCAAUUCUGAAGUCUUAACACGACCCAAUGCUUUACAUUAGAACGUGUAUUUAUUGACUAAAUUGUUGAGGUUUUUUAAAAUUUUAAGGAUCAAAAUUUGGUAUACAAGAAUCAGCAGAUCUUUUAAAAAUA